UUUACUCAGAUUAAAAUGAUUUUUGUGCUUGGAGAACUUGGUGGCCGAGAUGAGUAUUCCCUAGUGGAAGCCCUGAAACAGGGGAAAAUCAGUAAACCUGUGGUUGCUUGGGUCAGUGGAACUUGUGCACGUCUCUUCAAGUCAGAAGUACAAUUUGGUCAUGCGGGAGCCAAAAGUGGUGGUGAGAUGGAGUCUGCACAAGCCAAGAAUCAAGCACUUCACGAUGCUGGAGCUGUUGUCCCAACUUCAUUUGAAGCAUUUGAAACUGUGAUUAAAGAAACAUUUGAGAAGCUGGUUGAGGGGGGCAAUGUUACUCCUACAAAGGAAGUUUAAGCCUCCACAAAUCCCUGAGGAUCUUAAUACUGCUAUUAAGAGUGGAAAAGUCCGAGCUCCAACUCAUAUUAUAUCCACCAUAUCUGAUGACAGAGGUAUGAUAUAUGCUAUA